AUGGAUCUGCAGAGGCUUCUGUUAGUGUUCACGAUAUUCACCUCUACUUUCAUAUUCUCUCUAUGCUGGGGGUUCAUCCUCUACUUGUGGCAUCGAAAAUAUGUCAUUCUCCGCGACCCCAUAGUCAUGCUCAUCGCAAAAUAUCCUACUGUGCUGACUCUUAUAUUCACUGUGAUAUCCACAAUUCUGUCGGUAACCAUUACAGCUCUGUUCUCGAUCGCUGUCAAGCAGGCACUUAGCCAUUACAUCACUCAGCCAAUAUCACUAGUCAAUCUUCACACCGCGAUAGCCCUCACUAGACCUCAACCUCUUCUUCGGUGGAGCAACCGCAGACUAUCUCUUAUAACAUUGGUUAUCGUCGGUUUGCUCACACUCCUCAAUUCAAGCUGGACGACAUUGCUAUUGCCAACACGCCUUACGUGGCCGGUUUACAUCGAAGGCAAAGAUCUGGAUCUCGGAAGCAGCGCCUUCGAUGCGAAACUAGGUCGUGACUUCUACUACACAAGUAACCAAUCAUUUAAGAAUUUCAUUAACCUCGUAGGGAUUAUGUCGCCCAUGAGCGGGGCUUCGGCGACACGUUCGGCUGUUGCAGGCGGAAAUGACAGUGUCUUUGCCUUCAAUGGUGUCUCAUACAGCGAAUCUACCAGUGGGAUUCUUCCAGCGGUCGAAGAAUUUGCAGGCACAUCUUUGAACAGUGGUAAUACCGGUCUUGACUACUACGGUGGAAAAGUCGCUGUCAAUACGACAUCGGCCCUCAAUCACGAAUAUUUUGGGCUCUCAAGAAAUUAUACCGUGACACAACAGGGUCUUUCAGCGAGCAUCACGUGUCGUGCCCUCGACCCAAACGAUCCUCAGUACUCGAUGAGUGUUCAAGUCAACGAUUCUGCUGUCAACAACUACGGGAUUAUGUUUUGGAAUGUGACAGCAACAUGUCCUCUCGGUCAAACUCAUAGCAUCUGGCCGACUGUAGCCUUACAGCCUGAGAACGGGAACUCUACCACUGGCUUUCUAGGGAUCCUUGUUUGUCCCAAUCCGACCUUGGGUCCAACCGCAAAUGCCACCUCUUUUGACAUCUUCUUCCAGGGCGAAGCGGGAUACAAUUUCUUGAAUGCAACAGUCUGCAAUGUUUCCCCGUACGUGGCCUCAUUCGAUGUGACAUACAACAAUGGAAAUGUCACUAUGAAUCAGCCUCGUAAUGUCCAGCCAUUGCAGCACAACAGCGUGAAUGUCACCAGCGUCAUAAUGAUGGUGGUGUGGGAACUGUCUCUAUAUAGUCAGACUCUAUACGACAAUCCUUUAGGGCAGCUGCUACAGCUUAAUGAAAUAAACCUGUCCGCGCGCCCAGUGUAUGAGGUACUGCAAGACUACUUCCGUGGGGUAGUAGAGUUUUCUGCCACUUACCUUCGUUCUGCCUACUCUGCAGAAGGUGCCGCCACCGCAAUGCCAACCUUGUACUCUGACCAAAGUGCUUUCGCAUCCCUGAACGGAACCAUGUUCGUGACGACCUACGGCUGGUCUAUUGGACGCCCCACAUACGCCUAUCUUAUCGGAGUUUUCACGAUAAUCUGGGCCAUCACUGUUUCAGCUGCGGGAUAUGGUCUGAUCCAGGGGCGUUUCCGCUCCCGUCCCUUAUUUGAUGCAUCGAACCCGGUCCAUCUCAUGAUGGCAUCUUCGGCGGGAGGACUGGAAAACAUCGCAGGUUUUCACGUUGACAGUGCUCAGAAUAAUGAACAUGUACGAGUGCGCCUCCUAGACGACCUAGGUGUGGUGCAUGGUAAUGCAGCCGAAGAGGGGACGUCCGUUCCAGCCAGUGCAACUAGAAUGUGGUUCACAAUUGAACCGGAAAAGGAGACAAAUAUUCCGAAGUAGGCCGCUGGGUAUAUGCCAUUCCAUACAAUACACAUGUACAAUAUAUAAUCUUAUGAUAACCUCGGA